AUGGCUAAAGUUGGUCGUGGUUUACAAAUUCCGCUUUCAUGGAUUCCAGGAAGUAGUGGAUUUUGUCCUCCUGGUGCUAUCUCUGUUGAUGAUGUCUACAUAAUACGAAGUAAACACAGUGGUGAGCUGUUGCCAGGAAAACUGGUUCCAAUGCACGGGAAAUGUUAUUGUCCAUAUGGUGGAAGAGAGUUAGAGUCAAUUGACUAUGAAGUUUUGUGUGAAAGUUGUAUCCCUGGUUCUUCUAAAGGCUAUAGUUGGGAAAUAGCUUGUGGUGGAGAUGUACCAAAACAUGCAAUUGUCGCUGGAAUCGCUAAAGAUGGUGAGGCUUUAUACAUUGCAAAAGGGAAUGUCAAUGGUGAAACAUGCAUUGGAAAGGUACACGAAGGUCAUCCGUGCGCUUAUCUACCAUGGGGUGGUCAAGAACACUCUGUUUAUGAAUACGAAGUGUUGGUAUGGAGAAAACACUGA